AUGGCAGCGAAAUCUGAUGGUGUGGGGGUCGCUACCGGUUUCGCCCAGCUACACAACCUGGACGAGGCGGUGGCGGGCUGCGACGACGAUGGCUUGGACAGCACUGCCAUACACAUCUGCCACUGCUGCAACACCUCGUCCUGCUACUGGGGGUGUCGCAGCGCCUGCCUGCGUUCCCUGCUGGGGAAGGGGAGCGGAGGCAGGCGGCCGCAUACGGGGGAGCGCCUGUGGCUGGACUGCUUAUGGAUCGUCUUGGCAAUGCUCGUCUUCUUCUGGGACGUGGGAACGGACCUGUGGUUAGCUUUGGAUUACUACUCCAAACGGGACUAUCUGUGGUUCGGGCUGACCCUGUUCUUCGUGCUGGUGCCGUCGGUGCUGGUCCAGAUCCUCAGCUUCAGGUGGUUUGUCCAGGAUUACACGGGGGGCGGUUUGGGGGCGGUGGAGGGUCUGAGCAAGAGGGCCACCGCUGGCCUGAGCACCGGCAUCUACGGCAGGGACAGAUGCUGCCAAAUAUCUGUGUGGAUGUGGCAGAUUUUUAUACACAUCAUCCAGAUGGGCCAAGUGUGGAGGUAUAUCCGCACCAUGUACCUGGGCAUCCAGAGCCGGCGGCAGCAGGAGCACCGGCGCCGCUUCUACUGGGCCAUGAUGUACGAGUACGCGGACGUGAACAUGCUGCGGCUGCUGGAGACCUUCCUGGAGAGCGCUCCGCAGCUGGUGCUACAGCUCAGCAUCAUGAUCCAGAAGAACCGGGCCGAGACGCUGCAGUGCGUGUCGUCGGUGGCCUCCCUGAUGUCCCUGGCCUGGGUGCUCGCCUCCUACCACAAGCUGCUGCGCGACUCGCGCGACGACAAGAAGAGCAUGAGCUACCGCGGCGCGCUGGUGCACAUCUUCUGGCGCCUCUUCACCAUCUCGUCGCGCGUGCUCUCCUUCGCCCUCUUCGCCUCCAUCUUCCACAUCUACUUCGGCAUCUUCGUGGUGGUGCACUGGUGCGCCAUGGCCUUCUGGGUGGUGCACGGCGGCACGGACUUCUGCAUGUCCAAGUGGGAGGAGGUGCUCUUCAACAUGGUGGUGGGCAUCGUCUACAUCUUCUGCUGGUUCAACGUGAAGGAGGGCCGCACGCGCUACCGCAUGGUGGCCUACUACCUCCUGGUGCUGGCCGAGAACACCGUGCUCACCUGCCUGUGGUACGCCUACCGUGACCCGGUGGCGACCGACUCUUACGCCGUGCCGGUGCUGUGCGGCGUCUACAUGAGCUUCGCCUCGGGCGUCUUCUUCAUGGGCCUGUACUAUGGCGCGCUGCACCCCAUGGGCGCGCGCGUGCGGAUGCGCGAGAGCUCCUGCUGUGCCCAGCUGCUGUGGGGGCUGCCGCUGCCGCCCGAGGCCGAGCCCAUGGCCCCGUUCCAGGCCACCACGCCCAGCCGACGCUCCAUGGCCGGAGCCGACGCGGCCACCGGCACGGCCACCCGCCACCACCACCACCACCACCACCAGCAGCAGACGGACGACGAGGACGACGAGGCCACCGACACCUGCCUGCCCGUGUUCCAGGUGCGCUCGCCCGAGAGGCCCCCCGCGGGCUCCGGGCGCCACUACCGCAUGGAGGGCCCGCUGAUCAAGAUCGACAUGCCCCGCAAGCGCUACCCGGCCUGGGACGCGCACUUCGUGGACCGCCGGCUGCGCAGGACCAUAAACAUCCUGCAGUUCAUCACGCCCACAGCGGUGGGCAUCCGCUACAGGGACGGGCCGCUGCUCUACGAGCUGCUCCAGUACGAGUCCUCCCUGUGA